GGGUAGCUCAGUUCAUCCUCACAGCAGCUCUAUGCGGAGGGUGCUCCUUGCCCCCAGUUUACAGGGCUCUGUGCAUGGAACUGCAUGAUCACACGGACAACAUUUCUCUUUGGAAGCUGCCUUCUGUCUGAUGGUUAUACUAACCAGAAAAAGUAAAUGAAGAGGCAGAACUUGAAGUUCCUCUCAUUUGGCUGUUGGAUAAGAGUCUAGAAGAUGCUGCUUCCUAGUAAUCUCGGCAGCUGCUUCCCCUGCCUGAACACCUCCUUCAUGACAUGCAGAUUGUUUCGUGGAAUCUCUCCAGUCUCAUAGAAGGACAGCCACUCCUCAACUUGUUCUCGAAGCUUCUCCCCAAAUACACUGCUCUGUGGCCAUCACCAUGUUCUGGAAGUUUGACUUGAACACCACAUCCCACGUCGACAAGCUGCUGGAUAAGGAGGACGUGACGCUGCGAGAGUUAAUGGACGAAGAUGACAUCUCGUAGGAGUGCAAGGCCCAGAACCGGAAGCUGCUGGACUUGUGCAGGCAGCGGAGCAUGGAGGAGCUGGUGAGCCUCGUCACACAGGACCGCCUGGACAUGGAAGAGAAGGUCCACUUCAAGUACCCAAAUACAGCCUGUGAGCUGCUGCCGUGUGACGUGCCGCAGAUCAACGACCGGCUGGGAGGGGACGAGACUUUGCUCAACCUUCUUUACGACUUCUUGAAUGGUGAGCCGCCCCUCAAUCCUCUCCUCGCCAGUUUUUUCAGCAAGACCAUUGGCAGUCUCAUUGCAAGAAGAACUGAACAGGUGAUUAUGUUCUUGAGGAAGAAGGACAAGUUCCUCAGCCUGGUAUUGAAGCACAUUGGCACCUCGGCCCUCAUGGACCUGCUGCUGCACCUGGUCAGCUGCGUAGAGCCCGCCGGGCUCCGGCAGGAGGUCCUGCACUGGCUUAAUGAAGAGAUGAUCAUCCAGAGACUCGAGGAAUUGAUCCAUGCGAGUCAGGAUGAAGAGAGGCAGUCCGAUGCUUCUCAGGCGCUCUGCGACAUCAUCAGGCUGGGCAGGGAGCAGGGCAGCCAGCUGCGGGAGGCUCCGGAGCUAGACCCCCUCCUCACGGUGCUGGAGUCGCAGGACUGCAUGCAGCAGCUGCUGAAGAACAUGUCUGACGGAGCCCAGACUGAGCUCUGCCUCGUCAGUGGGACCCAGGUGUUACUGACCUUGCUUGAGCCCAGGAGGGCGGGGAUGGAGGGCUUGCUGGACUCCUGAUCCCCGGGACUGGACAGGCUGUGUGCCAUCGGCUCCAGCGUCCUGCGUGGCAUCGAGCCGUGGCUGAAGGACUUCCACCAGCUUCUGCUCAGCCCGCCAAAGAAAACAGCGAUCCUGACCACCAUCGGCGUGCUGGAGGAGCCCCCGGGUAAAGCCCGCCUGCACGGAGCCCGCCUCGUGGCCGCUCUGCUGCACACCGACAUGCCCAGCAUCAACCAGGAGCUCUGCCGGCUCAACACCAUGGGCUUGCUGCUGGACCUGUUUGUUAAGUGCUCCUGGAAUAACUUCCUGCACUUCCAAGUGGAGCUGUGCCUGGCCGCCAUCCUGUCCCACGCUGCCCGGGAGGACAGGGCCGUGGCCAGUGGACCUGAGGACGGGGUGGAGCCUCCACCCUCCAUCGGGGACUCAGAGACCCCCCAGCCUGCCGCCAGCCGCCCCGAGAGCACGAUGGUGACCCACCUGUUCCAGAAGUGUUGCCUGGUCCAGAGGAUCCUGGAGGCCUGGGAAGCCAAUGACCACACACAGACAGCGGGUGGCAUGAGGCACGGGAACAUGGGCCACCUCACCCGGAUCGCCAACACGGUGGUGCAGAACCUGGAGGGGGGCCCCAUGCAGACCCAGGUCAGCGAGGUCAUCCGAGGGCUCCCCUGGGACUGCCGCAGGCGCUGGGAGAGCUUUGUGGAGGAGACACUGACGGAGGCCAACCGCAGGAACGCGGUGGACCUGGUUAGCACCCACCAUCGUCACCCCUCAAGUGAGGAAGAGGACAUGGAGGGCGUUUUCCCUAGUGAGCUGUCCCUUCAGCAGGCUUUCUCCGAGUACCAGGUCCAGCAGAUGACGGCCGCCUUCGUGGACCCGUUUGGCUUCAGCAACGAGGAGUUUGCCGAGCAGGACAACAGCGUCAACGCCCCAUUUGACAGGAUCGUGGAGAUCAACUUCAGCGUCGACAGCCCCGGUGCCACUCUGUUUGAGGCCUGCUGCAGUGACCACAUCCAGCCCUUCGACAAGGACGACGACCUCUGGGAGGACGAGAAGGCACACCGUGUGGCCCAAGUGACCAGAGCCAGGUUCAGGGGCCCUCAUGCUUCAGAGAGCUGCCGGAAGGACGGCCCGGAGCGCCGAGGCCAGGGCGGGAAGAGCUCGGGAGCAGACGGGGACACGGCUCGGGCGGGCGCCCCUCGGGCUGCCACCCAGAAGGAAGGUCCUCGUGUUGAUGGUGGCUCUGAAGCAGGUGCCCCGUGGACGGUGUUUGAUGAGCCGGAGAGUUCCAUGGCCUCGGGCCCGGCCCCGGCAGUGGCGAUGGGCGUGGGUUCCAGUGUGUGGGCGGCCAGCUCCCCCAGUGCCUUGGCUCCAGAGGAGAAAGGCUGGGCCGAGUUCGCUGACUUCCAGCCUUUCUGCUGCCCUGAGUCGGGGCCCAGGUGCAGCUCCUCGGUGGACAGAGGUCAUGGCGAUGCCCAGGGUGGCCUGAACCAGGGCCCAGAGAGAACCCUUGGCCCGGCCACUCCGGGUGCCUGGAAUGCAUGUGUUACCAGGAAGGCGCCCCUGGUGCCCUGCAAGAGCCGUGAGGACAAGCAGAUGGUGGCUGUUGCCUCGGAGGCCGUUAGUGUGGGUCCCGGUCGGGAGGCCGCGCCCCGCCGCCCAUGUCAGUCCCCAGAGUGGGCUGAGUGCGCCACCAGCACGCCUCCAGACCUGGCCUCCCUUGCGCCUGUGGAAGUGACCUCUGCCCCGGUCGUGGCCGUCCUUCCCGAGGCUGCCAUGGCGGCCACCACGGUACCGAGCAACGCCGGCCCCUCCCUGGCCACCCUGGCAGUCUCUCCUGUGCUGGCCGUGGCCGUCACCGCUGCAGCCCCAGCUGGCCCAGCUGUCUCCACGGCGGCCGCCCUAGGGACGGUGACAGAGGACAGGCAGACUGACGGGCCGCCGCCUGCAGGAGCCGCCUUAAAUAGCCUCGUGUGAUGCUGCUGCCGCCACCCAGCUUUGGCGCCCCAG